UUAUUUAGAUAAGAAGAUUUGUAUUUGCCUAUUUAAUUGUGCUUCGUGUACCAAACUCAUCUUUCACGUUAAACGCAGAUGAUCGAUUUGUACAUUCCAGACUCAGAUCAUCAUACUGUGAAUUGCAUUGUCAUCGUAACGAUAUGACUCAAUGGGAACCAGUCUGGGACGGAGACUGACGGAAACUAUAGUCUCUCGCCUUCAGUAGUGAAUUAGUUCGAUGAGAUGUGAUACUGUAGAAACACCUGUUGCUCCUUCACGUAAAUAAUGGCCCAUUUGCUGAAGAAUUUGACAAACAGCAUUUGGCAUGCCUUCCACGCGUUGCAAGGAGACAUUCCAUACAUUGUGGCAAAGUCGAAAUUAAAGGUGCUGACAGCAAAUAUAGGAACUCUACUGGAUCUCUAUGGAGUUGAAAAAGGUCUUGAACAUUACAGAAGCACUCCAACACUGACCUUUGAACAAUAUAUUUAUUACUUACAACGAGAGGUUUUUGCCUCCCUCACUGAUUCUACGUCUAUCCAAGCUUGUAAAGCAUUGGAAGAGUGUGUCGAUGAAAUAUGCUGGCUCGUAUGUAGGAAGCCAUACUUGGAAAGGGCUCAUCCCAUUUUCGAAGAUCAUAGUGUAUAUCAACUUUUCAGAAUUUUUUGUCUAUUAGCUGAAAUGGAAACAGAUGCUACAGAUUCUUCUUAUUUGGUAACAAUGCACGCUGAUGAAUUAGCUCAAGUUGCUUCACAGUUGGUUACUUCGUUAGGACUAAACUGGGAUGCCAAUGACUUUUCAGCAUUGUCUGCAGCGAUUGGAACAUUCAGAUUCCCCACAUUUCUGGCAGUUCUGGAGUCGAAAUAUAGUGGAGGCGGUGCGCUGGACACAGCCGCGUUAACAGAAGCGAUAGAUGACCUCCAUCAGAUAUACGUGAAUGACGUAAUCAAGAAAGGCUACUUGAUGAAAAAAGGCUACUUGCUACCGACGUUGCGCUACUUCUGGUUUGUCCUACGACCUGGUGAAUUGGCAUACUACAAAGAUUCUCAACAGAAGGAACCUACGGGAACGAUAAAUCUAAAUGCCAAUUGUUGGGCAGACACUGUCACCAGUGGUGGUAAACCUGACAGAAGAUUCAUGCUGAGCACUCCGGAGCACAGGUGCAUCGAAUUGGUAGCUGAGAAUCAUAGAGGAAGAUUGCAAUGGUUGGCGGCUUUGCAAACAGCGAUACAGCAUUCAGGGGAAAAAAUUGGAUACCAGAGAAGUCUUGCUAAUCAAAGAAGAUCUCUGCGUCAAGCUACAAAACAACAGAAUGAAGAGACCAGAUUGGAAUUGCAGCAUGAGCGACAAGCGCGAAUAGCCGCAGAAUUACAAGCCAGAAGACUGGAAGCCAUCUCUAAGGAAGAAGGUGCAAGAGUCCAGGAAUUAGAGGAUGUUAAACGAAAGCUAGAGACUCUAUUGCAAGAAGAGAAACAAGCUUUGCGUGACGAAGAGAUAGUGCGAGGUUUACAAGCCAGGGUUUUACGGGAGGAAUGGGAACGACGGGAACAACUUGAAAGGCUACAACAAGAACAGCAAGAGCUCCUUGAAUCAGAAAAAUUGAAACGCUUAGAAUUUGAGCGCAAACAAGGUGAAAAUGAACGACAAUUACGAGAAGCACAAGGGCGUCUUCAUCAAUUGGAAGCGGAAAAGCAAAAUCUCGACGCGGAAUUGCGUUCCGCUUGUGAGAAAGCAAAACGUGCCGAAGAAGCUCAAGUUUUAUUGGAGGCACAAAUAGUCGUAACGAGGCCCCAGAGAACCGGCGAGCGAAUAAGACGGACGCAGAGUUUUAUUCCAACGACUAAAGAGCGGCCUCUAUCCCUUGAGAAGCACGAAGACAGAAUAUCGUCCCUGCAAAGACAUUACUAAUCAUAUGUAUCUCGAAAAUCAAAAUAUGUGUUCAGAAUUUAUCACGGGCGAGAAAACGAACUCUGUUAGUUCCUAUGUAAACUAAUUCUUGCCCUAUCGUGGAUUCGCCAAAACUUUAGCCAAAUUCGAACAAGAACAACGAUGCUGUAGUACCUAUUAUUAUUAAUAUUAUUAUUAUUAUUAUUAUUAUUAUUAUUACACGUGGUCCUCGAAGUUCACGUUAACUUUAUACACGUGCGAUAUUAACGAAUGAGAGUUACCGCACAGUAUAAUUUUUAAUCAAAUGCCAGUCUACUAUGACGUUAUUUACUUAUCUAUUAUGACAAAUUCUUUCACUCGCUGUAAAUACUAAUAUUCUAUAUUUUAAUAUUAUUUUAAAAGUUCAAUGGACGUGCUGCGCUUUACAGGAGCUUGCCAAUAGAUGCGAUUAUCGUUCAGUCGGAUAUAUUGGGAACGACGAGCAUAUUUAUUCAUAAGAAUAAUCAUUUUUAUGUAUAAAAUUUAUAAGGUGAAAUUAUAAAGAUUAUAUAUUUUACUUA